AUGGCCACUCCAGCGAUGCUCGAUAAUGGCACAAAAUUCGACAUUGCUUCAUGGGCAAAUUGGACCGCGGUCAAUGUUACACAAUAUGUGCCAUCAGCAAGAGAUCUCGCUUUGGCAGGACCGCGAAUGGUUAUGAAACUUGGUUCCUUUCUUACAGUUCCCGAAACCGUUGAUAAUAUAUUGGGUAUAAGGAUGGGGGCGCGAAUAAUUCCAGAAGCCACUGGCGUUGGCAUACCUGAUCCUGCGGAAACGAUAACCGCUGCAGCAGUUGCGGGCAUAAGACAAGCUGUGGAGACCGGCUCAGCUACAUUCACGGAAGAGAAUAUUAUGGAAAGCUCAAAGUUCUCUUUGGAGAGUGCGCGAAGUCUGGGAGGCCUAUUUACCUAUGCCACAAGCAAAUGGGCGCUAGGAUGUAUAGUGAUGGCUGUCGUUUUAAAUCGCACGCAUAUAAUGGCCAGCACAAGAAGGCCGCUCGAAUUUACUUGGAAACCACGCUUCCUAUUACGAAUAAUACCAAUCCUUCUACUUCUCGUUCAAGCCAGGUGGCUGCUACAAUCAAUACAAUGCCAGACAUCCCCUGAUUUUGGUUACCUACGGUGGGGUAACUCGUCAAAAUCUAAUAGCCUUUUGUUCACUCAAAAUGGAGGCCCAUUGCAUACGUUCAGUCAAGCUCUCCUAUUUGGUGCUAAAGAUUCCGACUCAUGUCUGGCAAUCAAUAUGAUUCCUAAUGAUUAUAUCGCGGUGAAUGAGACGAGCUCUGAAGAAAGCAUUCCCACCGCAUAUAGUCUUUCCGGAUCUUUGACACUUCUAUGGCCUUUAUUCAAAACUUUUAGCCUCAGUCAAUUUGUCGAAACAGUAUCCUGCGCUGUUCAAGGUCGUCAGGUCGCAGCCGAAACUGGAAUGACACUCUUCGAACACUCAUUAGCAUUUGCUGAGGCUGAUGCUGCGGUUAGUGCUCAGAUUAUUGGGUUUCGCAAGAUUAAUGUUUCCUCGGAAGACGACGCAAACGCUGGACCCACUCAAAUUGCCAUCACACGCUCCAUGAUUAUGAAGAAGAUUAACACCACACCAGAGGUUCUACUGGUUGGAUUUCUCUCAGCAAUGAAUCACUUGAGUAGCCACAUCCUGGGAAUAUUCGACGUUCAAGGAAGAUUCCGGUUGCUUAACACUGGAUUUUGGGGCAUUUCAUUCAUGUCUGUCAUAGUAUGGAGCCUCUUCUCAUUUUCUUUCGAAGAUUUUUCGACUCAAGGAUUAUUGAGAUUUCCCACGGUCUGUAUCGUUGGAUUUAUUCCUCACGUUCUUGUUCUGUGCGGUAUCAUUAUAUGUUCAAUCAUAUAUGGCGUUGCGUUGAUUUUGUCUACAUUGGCACCUCUUCAUGGUAUUGAUGAGUCCGAUACUCCAGUCAGACGAAACCUACCAGGUACCCGUCCUCGAUUAUCUUUCUCACAAAGACUGGUCAAAGCACAUCAUAAUAUGCAAGCAAAUGUUCCCCUAUCAAGUAUUCGGAUUACGAUGCACAUGGACUUCUACACCGCCUUACUCAGGACAGGCUUUGCUGUUAUGACUAUGGCAAGUGAAGCUGUUUACCUGAAUGAGAGUCGAGGAGUAAAUGUCAAACCUAAUACAUGGCUUGAAGAUGAUCGUCUACGUGAGAUUGAAGAGACUGGAGCUCUAUGGCUAGGUCCAAGUUUUAGAGCACAUGAAUCUGAACUUGCUAUAGAUAAUCAUAUGCCUCACAACGUUGGUCUCGUUGCAGCUACAAAUCAGAAAUUUCUAUCUCACAGCCCUUAUUUACGCGAAAUGACUGCACAGAAAAAUACAAAAUCCAAAGGACAGGAACGAGCAAUACGAGAUGGUGUCGGUGCUACAGAACGUAGUGGACGUUGGGUGAUGGCCUUGGAAUUCUUUAUUGGCAUUAAUAGAUUAGUUUUCAGUUGGUGGGCAACAUGUAUCUUGAUGCUCAUGAGCUGGCUGGGUAUUCAAAGUCGUCCACGAUGGCUUCUUUGGCUUGUAAGACAAACGAAGAAAGAGUCUUUGAACACAGCCGUACAAGCAAAUGAUCCAGAUACAUUAAACUUCUGGCUACUCAAUAUCGACGGGGAAUUAACGUUACCGAAAGAUGAGCAUGUGGACGUAGAGGUUGAAAUGAGACGGCGACUCAAGACUGAUCAAGAAUAUUGGAGUCGACAUAGGGAGGCUGAGUUAGACUCCAGCCUUUAUCAAUGGUGGCUUAAUGGUGGUUGGUGGGGAAGUGAUGAUAACAGCGGAACGUUCACUCCUGAGAGAAAAGAUAUCGAAGACGACAUGACCAGUGUGAUAUCUUAUUCGACAGAAAAUGACACAGAUUGGGAGUCGGAUGAUGCCCUUACAGAUGGUCAAAGAACUCCCACACAACGAUCACCUCAACCAUCACGGGAAUCUAGUCCAUUUAUCGACACACCCUUAUCCUCAACAGAUUUAGCUCAACUCUUACAUCCUCGAACCCCUGAAGAAAGAGCCGAAGCACAAGCCCUCGCCCAUCACCUUACAAGUGACAAAAUCAUAACCCGUUCCCGCUAUCGUGAUAUGAUCCAAAGAGAACGUGCCCGCGUUUUAACAUCCACCCUCCAACGUCCCCCGAACUUCAUCUCCUCUGAUCCAUCCGGAAAACUUUCUCCCGAAGAAGAAGCGCAAAUCCUCGAACAUCUCAUCAUUUCAAAACGUAACUAUCAAAAAGCUACCAAAGAACCUGCUUCUUGGAUGCAAGGUGCAUCAGGUAUGGGAGAAAAUGGUCCACAAUGUGUAGUUCCCAUGGCUAGGUUGGAAGCUGGGGUUAUUUUGUUAUGGUAUGAGAUUUGCAUGGAGAGCAGAAAGUGUGCGACUAUUGAUUCGUUUUAA